AUGGUGACCCUCAAUAUGUUUCCAAGGCUGAUGACCCCAUCACGACUUCACUUUUGGUAUUCUCUAAUCUGCAUUUCAAAUACAUUGACGGUGUCACCUUUGUUGCAGGUCGCGGACUCGAUUGAUGACCUCAAGGUUCAUAUUGUGAUUGAUUGUAUUUCUUUCAGCUUUGUUGACCUGACCCUUCCUCUGAAUUUGUUUUGGUCGACAGUUUGCUAUCUAUCCGCUGCGCUCACCUUGUAUGUUGGCAAUUCAAAUGAAAGGGCUUGCGAUGACUCUGGAUCAUGUAACGACGCUUUUGGCGUUGCAGUGGGCGGCACUCUGGCAAUAGCUCUCUUCCACGUCGUAAUCUCAUAUGUGGCCCUGGCCCGUUUGGAGGGUCAAACAUACUGGAACGAGCUGCGCGCGGCAAGGUCGAUAUUAGCAGGCAUGUGCGACGCUGUGGUGCAGCUCGAUGGCGAGUUGAGGUUCACGCAGCCUUCUCACCGACUCGCCACUUUGCUAUUGCAUGAUCCGCCUCGAGCUUUGGUGGGAGAGAGGGUGUCGAAUUUUCUUGCCACGCAGGCCGAUCGCGAGAAGUUUGUUGAAGAGGUAACUUCCAUUACCGCGAAUGAGGAAUUCUGUAAGGCUUUUCACGUACAUAUGCGUUGCAAUGGUGGCAGUGCAUUGCCGCUGGAAGCAUUUUGCGUGCGUUUCAGCAGUGGUGAUGAAAAGUGGUCGUACCUAGUCGGCUUCCGGUAG